AUGACAAAGUCGUUUGUGGACGCUAAACUCGCUUUAGCCCAGGCAACCAUGCUGUCUCAUCCGGUUCCAGAUGCCCCCAUUGCUAUCACUACUGAUGCAUCAGACUGUGCAGUGGGUGCUGUACACGAACAGCUGGUAGAUGUCUCUGAACCCUGGUCAGCAAGGCAACAACGCCACCUGGCCUUCAUAUCUGAGUUCACAACAGAUAUCAAACACAUAGACGGAAAAAGCAAUGUUGUAGCAGAUUGCCUUUCCAGGGCCACUGUGCAAGCAGUACACUGGGCACCAUUGACCUCAACGACAACGGCGGAUGUUGCACGGGCAUUCAUCGACACUUGGGUGGCGCGUUUCAGCACACCGUCAGACAUAUCUUUAGACCACAGCCCUCAAUUCACAUCUGAGUUGUGGACAGAGGUGGCUCGAAUCUUAGGUGUGCAGCUGCACCAUACUACGGCUUUCCACCUGCAGCCCAAUGGCCUUUGCGAACGCUUUCAUCGCUCUCUCAAAACUGCACUGAGGGCCAGUCUGACAGAUGACAGAUGGAUUGAGCGGCUACCAUGGGUCCUGCUGGGCCUGCGAACGGCUCCCAAAGAGGAUCUACAAACUUCCUCUGCAGAGUUGGUGUACGGUCAGACUCUGCGGGUCCCCAGAGAUUUCAUUCCAGAUUGCACAAAGCCAUGGAGUCUACCUUCUGAACACUCCGCCCUCUUAGACAGAAUCAAUGCUUUCAAACCUGUUCCUACCUCUCAGCAUGGACUGACAGUAGCUUGGAUGCCCAAAGACCUCUCUGCAGCUGAGUUCAUCUUCAUCCAUCAUGACGCUCAUCGAAACUCUUUGCAGCCCCCAUACGACGGAGCGUUUCGUGUUCUGGAGGCUGGAGCCAAAACCUUCCUGGUAGACGUCGGGGGCCGUACAGAGCGAGUCACUGUCGACCGACUUAAACCAGCUCAUGGAGAGCUGGGCCAGCCGAUGGUUCCAGCGCUGGCUCCUAGGAGGGGUCGACCAACCACCAACAAUAGUGGAGACCCCAAAGAGAAAUCUCAGGCUGUUCAAGAGGUGCUACCUGCUACAGGCUCAUAUCAUUGCACCCGUUCAGGGAGACAUGUUCGUGUUCCAAUCAAGCUGAUGUUGCCGCUGUUGGUCAAUUCUGGGGGGGCCAGUGUGGGGGCAGAUACAAACAACCCACAGAUCACUGAUGCAUAAUUCACAUAUCACCGACAAACACACACACAUACAUAUUUGGCAUUUCCCCUUUAAGAAGUGGGAGAGUUAGUGAGUUGGUUGAUGCGUUGUUCCGGCGCAGGAAGUUUAAUAAUAAAAUACGACCGUUCUGGUCACAUGCAGCAAUCCUGUCUCUGUGUAUCUUUGAUAGCUUACAAAUCUACAACACCAUUAUUAAUUUUAUUACUUUGGGAAAUAUUUGCUCUGUUUUGGGUCCUCAGUCCUAAUCAUUAAAAUCUAGAAAUAUAAAAUAUUUAUGUUAUAGAGGGUCAUUCAUAUUUAUACUGUACGUAUAUUGUAAUUUUCUAUAAACCCACUGUAUGUGCAAACUCUGCAUUAUUAGUAUUGUUUAUGUGUUUGAUUUAAUUUUCUGUUGUUUCCACUCUAGUUAUUUUUGUUUCUCCAGCUUAAUUGUAUAUGCAAGCCACAUGCACAUCAGAAAAAU